GUCUGGCGGUGGGGGCGGUGGCUGCGAGCUAACGGUGUGGGCCCACGCGGCUGCUGGCCCGCCGCCUCCGCUGAGUGUGGCGAGGCGCCGCCCGGCCCGGCCCGUUCCGUCCCGUCCCGCCUCAGGCCUCGGAGCGCCCCGCCGGCGGCCCCGCGCCCCUCGACCUUUCACCUACAGGAACCGCUUUCCGCCUCCCGCCGUCCCGCAUCCGGGCGACGCCGGCUGCCGCUCCCCGCCGGGCUCUGGGGGAGAAGGAGCGGCGGGAGGCGGCAGCGGCGGCGGGCGAUGCCACCCUCGUGCUGGGCGUCCGGCCUCCCCCCGCCCCGGCUCCGCCGCGCAGCCAUUUUGUGCGGGGCGCUGCGGCCCCGCUGGCCGCGGUGGAGAGCGAGCACGGGCGCUGGCCCGUCGCCCUUUCCCUCUCGCCGCAACCCCACGAAGUCCCCCCAGGGAGGGGAGAGGCGAGGGCAGCCUGCCCGGGCAGGACGGGCCCGGGCGCUGGGCUGAGGCUUGGCCGCCGCCUCUCUCCUUCCCUCCCCGCCGCGGCCGUGCGCGGCCUCGGCCCUGCCGGGGGGUGGGUGGCCCCGACAUCCCCCCCCCGCCCUCAACCACUUUGUGGCUGAUGAGUCCCGUGCCCCCGCCGGGUCCCUCUCCUCAGAUACUUCUGGCGGCUGUCGGGGUUUAUUUGGGUUAAGAUUACCCAUUCCCAGGGAGCUGUUACACAAACACUAAUGGAUGGGACAGCACAACGAAUACAGAUCGUCCCUGCAGAUUCAGGCCUCUCUUUACCACAACGUAUACAGAUUGUCACAGAUCAGCAGACGGGCCAGAAGAUUCAGAUUGUUACAGCACUUGAUCAGAGCUCAGCAGGCAAGCAGUUCAUCUUAACAAAUCAUGAUGGCUCUACCCCAAGCAAGGUGAUCCUUGCCAGACAAGAUUCCACUCCAGGAAAAGUUAUCCUAGCAACUCCAGAUGCUGCAGGUGUCAACCAACUGUUUUUUGCAUCCCCUGAUAUAUCUGCACAACACAUCCAGAUUUUAACAGACAACUCCCCCAAUGAACAGGGCCUAAAUAAAGUGUUUGAUCUGUGUGUUGUAUGUGGAGACAAGGCAUCAGGGCGUCACUAUGGAGCAGUAACUUGUGAGGGAUGCAAAGGAUUCUUUAAAAGGAGUAUACGGAAGAAUUUAGUUUAUUCGUGCCGAGGAACAAAGGACUGUGUCAUUAACAAACACCACCGGAAUCGAUGUCAGUACUGUAGGCUGCAGAGAUGCAUCGCGUUUGGGAUGAAACAAGACUCUGUGCAGUGUGAGAGGAAACCUAUAGAAGUGUCAAGAGAAAAAUCUUCAAACUGUGCAGCUUCUACAGAAAAGAUCUAUAUUCGGAAAGAUCUUCGUAGCCCAUUAGCUGCAACUCCAACUUUUGUAACUGACAAUGAAACAGCAAGAUCAACAGGUCUGCUGGAAUCGGGAAUGUUUGUUAACAUUCAUCAGUCUGCAAUAAAAAGUGAGCCUACUGUGCUGAUGACCCCAGAUAAGGUUGAAGCAUGUCAGGGAGAUUUAAGUACCCUGGCAAACGUGGUGACUUCAUUAGCAAAUCUCAGUAAAUGCAAAGACAUGUCACAAAGCAGUACAGAGCUAUCUAUGAUUGAGAGCUUAAGUAAUGGAGAUGCAUCGUUAUCUGAACUCCAGCAAGAAGAACAAGCUAGUAGUGAUGUUACAAGGGCGUUUGAUACUCUUGCAAAAGCAUUGAAUCCAGGAGAGAGUGCAGCGUGCCAGAACUCUGACAGUAUUGAAGCCGGCGUGCAGCUGGUUGGUGGAGAAACAAGCAUGAAUAUCGUUGAAAUAGAGGGGCCACUGCUCAGUGAUGCACAUGUAGCAUUCAGGCUCACCAUGCCUUCUCCUAUGCCUGAAUAUCUUAACGUUCACUAUAUCUGCGAGUCUGCCUCCAGGUUGCUUUUCUUGUCCAUGCACUGGGCACGUUCCAUUCCAUCUUUCCAAGCUUUAGGACAGGAUAACAGCAUAUCAUUAGUAAAAGCCUGCUGGAAUGAACUUUUUACACUUGGUCUUGCACAAUGUUCACAAGUUAUGAAUGUGGCAACUAUAUUAACUGCAUUUGUUAAUCACCUUCACAGCAGUUUACAGCAAGAUAAGCUGCCAACGGACAGAGGAAAACUAGUGAUGGAGCAUAUCUUCAAACUGCAAGAGUUCUGUAACAGCAUGGUUAAGCUUUGCCUAGAUGGAUAUGAAUAUGCAUAUUUGAAAGCAAUCGUCCUCUUCAGUCCUGAUCACCCAGGACUAGAAAAUGUGGUACAGAUUGAGAAAUUUCAAGAAAAGGCUUACAUGGAGUUCCAAGACUAUGUAACAAAAGCAUAUCCGGAUGAUACUUACAGACUGUCUAGACUUCUCCUCCGAUUGCCUGCUCUUAGGCUGAUGAGUGCUGCCAUCACCGAAGAGCUAUUCUUUGCAGGACUAAUUGGAAAUGUUCAGAUUGAUAGCAUCAUCCCAUACAUUCUGCGAAUGGAGACAGCGGACUAUAACUCUCAGAUAAUUGGUCAUGCCGUAUAAAAGUAGCAGUCAAGGAUUCUGUACCAUGGCAGUCAUGGUGAUGUAAAUGCAUACUCUGUCUCCAAGAGAUGGCAAUAAGCCUUCCCAUGCACCUUUCCAAAGAAGGCUAAUAUUCCUCCUUUCCAGUACACUUGGGAAACGUGGUGGAGUGUAUUAAGGAAUAUAGGAUCGCUUCCUAUUUUUCACCUGAUCUCCAAGGACUUGUAAAUUAUCUUGAUAUCUGAAGAAAGUCAAGAAUUGUCCAUCCUAUUUUUGUAGAUAGAUGAACUUCGAAUAUUUGUUUAUGAAGUCCAGGCUUAUGAAGAAACUGAAGAAGCUUUGACUGAACUAAGGUAUCUCAACUUAGUUUGAUGUUUUAGACAAAUAAAUUAACUUUCCUCUCUGA